AUGCGAAUUAUGUUUGACUCUGGAUCAACACAUUCUUUCAUUAAUCGAAUAGCAUUAAAACGUACUCAACAUUUACCAAUUCAUUUUAAUCAACAGCAUUAUGUCAUGGCAGAUGGUCAUACAACAUUUGAAGUUAUUGGUACAGUAAGAAUUUUUAUUGAAUUAAAUUAUAUAAAAACUAAUAUAAUAGUUGGUGUUGUUAAUUCUUUAUGUACAGAUUGUAUUCUAGGUAUGGACUAUAUUAACAAAUAUAAAGUUAAUCUUAAUAAUAAACAAAAACAAGUUCAAGUUUAUACAGCCUCACAAAAAAUUACAAUACCAAUGGAAGAUCAAUCUGAAAAAAUUCGAAUUAUUUGUCGUACGAAAAAAUCUGAAUAUUUACAUCCAUAUGAAGAAAAACAAUUAAAAAUUAUUUCACAAGUAUCUUUUGGGCAAUUAUUAUUUUCUCCUGCUUAUCAUAUUACUCACAUACGAGGUUUAAUUAUACCACAUUCGUUAAUUUCUAUAAAAAAUCACACAGCUUUUAUUUCUGUUUAUAAUCCAACAGCUAAGCCUUGUUAUUUAAAUAAAAAUAUUAUUAUAGGUAUUGUUACACCUUUAUCAUCUCAUAAUGUUUCUACUGUUUUUGAUCCACAUACAAACAAUAACUUUGAUUAUGAUAAGCUCAAUUCAUUAAAUCCACUUGGCAAACAACAUAUUGAUUCCUUAAUUACACAUAUAAAACAUCAACAACAAUCGACUGAAUUAAAGACUCUUUUAAACAAGCAUUCAUCCUUAUUUGAUACAUCAAAAACAACUAUUGCUGAAACAUCAACACCACAUGUUAUUUGUACUGGUGAUAAUCCACCAACAACAUCUCGACCGUACCCGCAAACUAUUGAUAAACAAAAUGCAACUUUUGAUAUUAUUCAACAAAUGUUAAAGCAAAAACAAAUUCGUGCAUCACAUUCUCAAUACUCAGCGCCUGUUUUAUUAAUUAAAAAACGUGAUGGCUCAUAUCGAUUUAUUGUUGAUUAUCGUAAAUUAAAUAAUAUAACUAUUCAAGAUAAUUACCCACUACCUAACCUUGAACAAGCUAUACAAAUGGUUGGUGGUCAUAAAUAUUAUACAAAAUUAGAUCUUCGUUCAGGGUAUUUUCAAAUACCUAUUCGUGAAGAAGAUAAACCUAAAACGGCUUUUAUUACUAUUCAUGGACUUUACGAAUUCAACGUUUUAGCACAAGGUUUAAAAAACAGUCCACCAUCAUUUCAACGAAUCAUGUCAAAUUUAUUAUUACCAUGCAAAAAAUUUUGUUUAGUUUAUCUGGAUGACAUAUUGAUUUAUUCUGAUUCAUUCGUACAACACAUGGAUCAUUUAAAUCAAGUAUUAGCCAUUCUCAACAAACAUAAAUUUCAACUUAAUCCACAAAAAUGUGAAUUAGCAAAAAUGACUAUUGAUUAUUUAGGACAUACAAUUAGUAUUCAAUGUAUUAAACCAUUGCAAGAACGUAUUGAAAAAAUCUUAGCUAUUCCACAACCAACAACAUUAAAUCAAGCAAAUGCUUUUAUAGGUGCCAUUGGGUGGUAUCGCAAAUUUAUUAAAGAUUAUGCAAAAUUAGCUGCACCAAUAUUAGCAGUUACAAAUUUAACUAAGCAAAAUAAAUAUAAAUUUAAGUGGGAUACACCACAACGAGAAGCUUUUACUCAAUUAAAAACAGCUAUUACAUCUGAACCACUAUUUUUAACAUAUCCUGAUCCAAAUGCACCUCUCAUGUUAGCAACUGAUGCAUCAGAUUAUUGCAUUGGUGGUAUUCUAUAUCAAGAAAUUAAUGGUGAACGAAAAAAUAUUUAUUUUUAUUCUCAAAUGUUACCAAAACUUCAACGCAAGUGGCCAAUAAUUGAAAAAGAAGCAUUGGCUAUUUAUUAUUGUGUUACACGUAUGAAAUUAUAUUUACAAGGUCGCGAAUUUAUUGUUCAAACGGAUCAUUGUCCUUUACGUAAUAUGCACUUAAAACCAUCAAACAAUCGUCGAGUUGAUCGUAUAUCAUUAAUAUUACAACAAUAUAAUAUUAAAGAAAUUCGUCAUGUAUCAGGUAAAUGUAACUGUAUUGCUGAUUAUUUAACUAGGUAUCCUCGUCAAACGGAAGAUGAUGAUGAUUUUCUUGAACCUGAUUUUGGUAUUAUACCCGCAAUAGAAAAUGAAAAAAAUAAACCACAAUUAAACAACAACAAUUUAAUUAUUCCAAAUCUUAUUAGUGCUGUCACCACUCGUGCCCAAGCAAAAGCAAAAACUAAUCCACAAAAAUCAAUUGAUAUUAAUCAUACUUCUGUAAUAACAUCAUCAACAGAUGAUCAAUCGCAGAAAGUGGUCGGUCAUGAGUUUGAUGUUUCUAUUAUUGCCAAAGCCCAAAAAGAUGAUAAAUUAUAUCAAGAAAAAUUGUUAGAAAUCAAUAAAAAUCCAAUGAAUUGCUCAUAUGUAGUAGAAAAUGGUAUAUUAUAUAAAAUAAUUAAUCGUGGUAUAUUUAAACAAAAAUUAAUCUAUGUUCCCUCAUCAAUGUUCCAACAAUUAUUAAAAGCUUAUCAUGAUAGUCCUUGGGCUGGACAUUUUGGUUAUCGUCGAACAUAUUUUAAAAUAAAAGAUAAAUAUUGGUGGCCAAACAUGAAACUUACUAUUCAAAAUUACGUUCGAGCUUGCAUGCUAUGUCAAAGAUUUAAUAUUGAUCGUACAAAACCUGCUGGCUUAUUACACUCUAUAGAAUCACCUCAAGGUCCAUUCCAAUUAAUUGGCAUUGAUUAUUCAGGUCCUUUUCCAGUUACUCCUGCAGGAAAUAAAUAUGUUUUAGCUAUUACUGAUUAUUUUACGAAAUGGGUUAUUGCAAUUCCAUUAACUAAUCAAACUGCUCAAACAACUGCUGAAGCUUUAUAUGAACAUUAUAUAUGCAUUUAUGGUGUACCUAGUACUAUUUUAUCCGAUCAAGGACCUCAUUUUAACAAUCAAUUAAUGACGGCAUUUACUCAACUAUUAGGCUGUCAUCAUAUCAAAUCAACCCCUUAUCAUCCUCAAACAAAUGGUGCUAUUGAACGUUUUAAUUCAACUUUUGAACGUCAAGUAGCUAAAUUAACUGAUCAAUGUAUUAAUAAUUGGGAUUUACAUUUGAAAUCAAUUACGUUUGCAUAUAAUACAGGUCGCCACAAUACAACAGAAUUUUCUCCAUAUCAACUUCAAUUUGGUCGAGACCCAAAAUUACCACCAGAAAAACCACAAAAAAAUUAUGAAUUUUCAAAACCAAAUGAUUAUUUUAAAUUCCUUCAACAAACACUACAUUUUUAUCAACAACAAGCACAUCAACAUAUGAAAAAUAAUCAACAACGUUAUAAAAAAAAUUUUGAUAAAAAUCGUCGUGAUAUUUAUUACAAUGUUGGCGAUCAAGUACUCAAACGUCUCACAAGUUUCCCAUCAAAAUUAUCGGCAUUAUACUCCCAUCCAAUGACUAUUAUAAAACAACAACAUCCAACAUAUUGGAUUCAAGAUCCAAAUGACCAACAAAUAUUUCAAGUGCAUGUUUCUCAAUUACGUCCAUGUAAGAUUUAA